GUGCGGGAGAAGCGCAUGCGUAGCGUGCGCGGUGAGGCGGCAGCUCAUGCGCAGAGCGCCCCCGCGGGCGGCAGCGGCAGGGCCAUGGCGGCGCUGAGGGCGCUGAGCGCGGCGGAGGCUGCGCUGCUGCUGCUGCUCCUCGGCUGCGGCGCACACGGGCUUUACUUCCACAUCGGGGAGACAGAGAAGCGCUGCUUCAUCGAGGAGAUCCCCGACGAGACCAUGGUCAUCGGGAACUACCGGACACAGCUGUGGGACAAACAGUCCGAGUCGUUCCUGCCCUCCACUCCCGGGCUGGGCAUGCACGUGGAGGUCAAGGACCCCGACGGAAAGGUGGUGCUGUCUCGCCAGUAUGGCUCCGAGGGUCGCUUCACCUUCACAUCCCACACGCCGGGGGAGCACCAGAUCUGCCUGCACUCCAACUCCACCCGCAUGGCCCUGUUCGCUGGGGGCAAACUGCGGGUACACCUGGACAUCCAGGUUGGUGAACACACCAACAACUACCCCGAGAUUGCGGCCAAGGACAAGCUGACGGAGCUGCAGCUCCGGGCACGGCAGCUCCUGGACCAGGUGGAGCAGAUCCAGAAGGAGCAGAACUACCAGAGGUACCGGGAGGAGCGGUUCCGCAUGACGAGCGAGAGCACCAACCAGAGGGUGCUCUGGUGGUCCAUCGCCCAGACCAUCAUCCUCAUCCUCACCGGCAUCUGGCAGAUGAGGCACCUCAAGAGCUUCUUUGAGGCCAAGAAGUUGGUGUAGCCACCCCAAACCCCUGAGGGGCUCCCCCAAAUCACCCAACACGCCCCAAAGGGGGGAUCCAACCCGCCCUGGGGGACUCCCACAGACCUGGGGAGGGACCUUUGCUGCCUGCUGGGAUCCUGGGGAUGAUGGGCAGGUUUGGGGGGGCUCUGCCUGCCAUAUGGGAGGGGGGAACCCGCCCCCUACUUGGGGGAAAAUAAAGAUUUUAUUGGGGAAAAUAAAAGGGUUUUUUGUUUCAA